AUGAUUAUUUUUGUUAGAAAUGGAGAAAGAGAUAAGAAAUAUGAUGGAUUAAAUAAAGCAGGUGCAGACUAAGCAUUGAAAAGGGCAAAGGAAAUCAAAACCUAAAUUUAGGAUUAUUGUAAUGAGAAUGAUUAUGAGUUGUCUGAUAUCAACCUAAUUAUUUGCUCAUCACCAUUUAAGAAAUGUUUAGAAACAGCAGAUAUUAUUAAACAGAAUAUCGAAUCAAAAGAGUUAAAGUUUAAGAAGAAAUAUAACAAAAUAUUCACACAAUAUGAAUUGGGAGAUUAUUAACAUCCAAAAUUAUGCUCAGCAGAAGAUGUUAGUUUGGAUUUUGCAGGAGCUUAUAUAAAGUCUGUAACUAAAGAAACUUUGAUUGAUCCAAAGUAAUUGCCUCAAAAUAAUUAUAAGAAGGAGACUAGUGAAUAAGUAGAAGAAAGAAUAGGAGCAGCAAUUUAUCAGAUCACAAACAAAUUAUAAAAUAGCAAAGAUAAUACCAAAUAGGUGUAUAUCAUUAUUACACAUAAAGUUACUCUUGAAAUAUUAGUUGAUAUUUUUGAAGGGAGCAGAGAAAUUUCUGAAUCAGGACUUAUUACUAUUAAGUUUAAAUCAGAUUCCACUUUUGGAAUAAGCUUCGUCGGAAAAGUAUUUAAAAUGAAAGAAAAGAAAUAAAUAAACGAAUAGUUUGAAGAUUUUUAACAAAAUAUUUCAGAGGAUGAAGAUUAAUAAUAAGAAGAUGAAGAGUAAUAAGAAGAUGGAGAGUAAUAAGAAAAUGAAGAUAGUAACUGAUAUAUAUUUAUGUUUAUAAAUCCUUUAAGUGAAUUUACGCAACUAUUU